CUAUCAGGUUCUUGCACAAGAAACUGAAAACAUUACAGAUGAGUGUUGCUGAGGUGGAGUCUCUGACAUCGUCUACCAGUGAUGACGACUGCGGAGGAAUUUUGAGUUGCCAAAGAGUUACUCACACUCAGAACGAUCAUAAAGCAUUGGAUGAAAGCAGGAAGCAAUCCACCAAUUCUCCCAUGCUAGUCAAAACUGCACUUACCCAGGAAGAACUGAUGGAGCUGGAGUUUGCAUCUGCUUUGCAAAGGAACCUUUCUAGAACUGAUGUCGCCAUCAGAGUGGAGGAAUCAACAUCCCCACAUCAUUCAGAUGAUGAUGAACACCCAGCGCGAAAUCCGCAUGCAAAAAGGUCUUCAAAUGACUGGGAAGUCAUGAUGCUGGCAGAGCAAAUGUCGGAACGAGAGAAGAAAGCUGACAACUUGAGACACGCUGCUGAAAGACUAUUGUCCAUGCAGCACCAGCAAACCGGAAGGACUUUCAGCCAAGAGGAGGAAGAGGAAGUCGUCUCGGCUCUGACGGAGUUCUCCGCUUCCGAGUUGGACUUGCUCGAGAAAAUGAUCUGGGAGGAAGAGAAGAAUGAAAGCAGCAGAAGUGGGAAGUUGAAGCGAAGCAGGAGUGAAAAGUACAGCAAGCCCAAGAAGAAACGCUCUGCGUCUCUCGCACCCGGAGAAACCCUGACUUCGCCUCGGGAUCCUGCGAGUCCGGAAAUGCCGCCCUUUGGUAGCCAUGGAGUACACGACAUCUGGGCACAGCCAAGUGCAUCUUCAGGAGUUACGGCGACAUCUAGCAAGCCUGAGCUCACUUUAUCGCCAUCUUCCUUGGUUCCACCACCAGGAGGCAGCAAGAAAAAGUGCUCUACUUCCCUUGCGGUGGCCGAAGUGAACAAAACCGCG